AUGAGAAGCGCCCACCAAUUAAUAACUCAAUUUGAACUAAAUGGUUUCACUCUGCCUUAAAUGGAAAAGAACAUGUGUAUAACCUUUCUGAAGGAUCUGCUCUAAUAAAAUCCUAUUGAUAUGGAAUUCAUACUUGCAAAUACUUCACCAUCUCCAUAAUAAAGGAUAUUAUUAACAUCAAAAUCAAAUAUCCUCCAUCUGUUAAAAGAAGAUAAAGAUCCAUCAAUAACAUAACCAAUAUUCGAUUACAGCCAACUAGAAAAUCUGAUAACAAAGAAAAAUAGAAACAAAAUCAAUGAAAUAAAAACAAAAGUUGAAACAUUACUUAAUAGCAAUAACAUAGAUCCUCCAUUGACCAUAAAAAAGAGGUAUUUUAUUAAGUAUUUAUAUUAGAUGGUGGACAGAAGAAGAAGAUCAACAACUUAAAGAAUUAGUAACACAGCAUGGAGCAAAGAAUUGGAAAAAAAUAGCAUCUUACUUUGAAGAAAGAACAGAUGUAUAAUGUUUGCAUAGAUGGCAAAAAGUGUUAAAUCCUGAUUUAGUUAAAGGUCCUUGGACUUAAGAUGAAGAUGAAUUAUUAAAAAAAUUAGUAACAAAUUAUGGUCCUAAAAAUUGGAGUUAAAUUGCUAAGCAUUUACCAGGUAGAAUUGGAAAAUAAUGUAGAGAAAGGUAUUAAAUAAAAUCAUUCUUAGAUUUCAUAAUCAUUUAGAUCCUAAAAUAAAUAAAGAAAGAUGGACUGAUGAAGAAGAUCAAACAAUAAUAGAAGCACAUAAAAAAUUAGGAAAUAGAUGGUCAUUAAUAGCUGGAUUAUUAAAAGGGAGAACUGAUAAUUCUAUUAAAAAUCAUUGGAAUAGUACUUUAAAAAGAAGAUUAAAAAUGUUAAAUAGAUGGGAGGAUCUUUAAGUACUUCCAAGAUAAGAUGAAACUUUAGUUAAAGGUGUUCCUAGAAGAUAAGUAUAAAGAAGAAUAAUGUAUUAUAAAACACCUGAAAAAUUAAUUAAAAGAGAUCCAGUAUCUAGAUAACUAAAUUUCUAAACUCCAUAUUCUAAUACUACUCCAAGUAAAAUUUUAUUCCAAAUUUUAGAAUCUGAAUUGACACCAAAAAAUUUGAGCAUUGUUUAUCCAAAUUUAUUAGCCAAAGAUGCUUAAAUGAUGUAAGAAUUUAUUUACUAAUUAUUUAGUGAUUCUUCUUAAGCAUUAUUCAAAUAAUUAAGUGAAUUAACUAAUUUGGAUCUUGAUUUCAAUAAAUAAUAUAGUUACAAAUGA